AUUAAUGUCUACUACAAGAAUAAAGCCCAUGCAGAUUAAAAAAUAUCAUGAGUCAGGAACACAAUGAAUCCUUUAACAGUAUAGGAUCGGAAGAUAACGACGACGAUAACCACCAUCACCGUGGUGAAGAAGAUAAUGAGCAUAAUGCCGCCGGAGGAUCGGGUAGUGGCAGCGGUAGUUCAUCCGGAUCUGAUUCCGAUUCCGACAGUUCAUCAUCGUCAUCGAAUUCCAGUGAUGACGGUGGACGUUCAUCGCCCGAACCACCCGAUCGAGAUGAAGAUGAUAAUGCACGCGAUGGCCACCAAGAGAAUGUCUAUCGUCUGCAGCAGCAGCAUCAACAACAACAGCGGCAAGAAGCCGAAGAGGAGAAACAAAAGCAAUUUGCAGAAGCUGGACUUCCACCAUCAGCCAUUGAGGCCCAAGAGGAUACCAAAACAAAUACAAAUGGUUAUUCGGAUGAUAAUGAGGAGAGCGGCAGCGAUGACAGUGGCAGCAAUUCCGAUACCAAUUCAUCGAAUGAUGACGACGAAGAGGAGGAGGCGGCAGAGGGUAAUCAAACAGCAGCGACACCAGCCCAACACAACAACGACCCGACAGGAGGAGGAGGGGGACAUAAAGACGAACAUCAUAACACUACCCACAAUACAACGGGAACCUCGGUCACCACCACCACUGACAACAAUACCUCACACACAACAAACGAUGAAGAUGACUCCAAUGAUUCGGAUGACUCGCACAGCAGCGAUAAUGGCGAAGAAGAGAACCGAGAACCUCACCACAUGGCUUCAGAGACGACGACGGCGGCGCCGAAGACGACGACAACAACGUCUGACGAAGGUGGAGCAGCAGCAGUGAACCACCAUAGUGAUGAUGAGGAGGAGGAAAAUUCCGAUUCUGCCGAAUCGGGAAAAUCAUCAAAUUCUUCAGCAGCCCAUUCGCCUACCGAAUCGUCGAGUAGCAGUAGCAGCAAAACUGAAGAUGACUAUCAGCCAAAACGUUCGGCUCGCCAAGCUCGAAAACCCCAACCUGUCGCCGUCGAAAGAUCAAGGAAACCAGUCAAAAAGAAAAAGCGCCAAAACUGGAAUUCCGAUGAAAGUGAUGAAAGCGAUGAGGACAGCGAAGACUCAGCGCCGCCCUCGAGACGUAAACCGCCGCCAGCCAAACAAAAACAACAGCGAAGAAAUAGGAAGUCGGCUUCCACGGAGGAUAGUGGAGAGGAUAGCAAGAGAUGUGGUACGCGCCGUGCCGCCGCCGCUGUCAGCUAUAAAGAAGAUUCCGAUAAAACCGAUCCCGACGAUCUCCUCGAAGUUGAAUAUGACGAAAGUCAAGCAGAGGCAGCUGCCUUGGCGGCGGAAGAAGAUGAAAAAUGUGAGACUAUCGAAAGGGUGUUGUAUAAACGUCAGGGCAAAAAAGGCUGUACCGGCAAUCAGACGACAAUUUAUGCCAUCGAAGAUAGUGGCUGUGACCCGAAUGAGGGUGUCGAUGAAAACGAUUUGGAAAAUACCGAAACACAAUAUCUGAUCAAGUGGAAGGGCUGGUCUUACAUCCACAACACCUGGGAGUCGGAGGCAACGCUGCGCGAACAAAAAGUCAAGGGUAUGAAGAAAUUGGAUAAUUUCAUCAAGAAGGAACAGGAGCAGGUCUAUUGGAUGCGUUAUGCCGGACCGGAAGAUAUCGAUUAUUAUGAGUGCCAAAAGGAGCUGCAAAAUGAUUUAAUUAAAUCGUACAACAGUGUGGAUCGGAUUAUAGCACGAAAUGUGAAGCCAGAAGGUGGGGUGGUGGAGUAUCUAUGUAAAUGGCAAUCGUUGCCCUAUGCAGAGGCUACAUGGGAAGAUGGGGCAUUGGUGAUGCGCAAAUGGAAACGCUGUGUGGAACAAUUUGAGGAAAGGGAGAUGUCAAAAUGCACCCCCUCACGGCAUUGUAAGGUGUUGAAAAAUCGCCCGAAAUUUUAUAAAAUAAAAAAUCAACCCGAUUUCCUAAGAGAGGGUUUAACCCUCCGCGACUAUCAAAUGGAUGGUCUGAAUUGGCUGUUGCAUUCGUGGUGUAAGGAGAAUUCCGUUAUCUUGGCCGAUGAAAUGGGUCUGGGUAAGACGAUACAGACCAUCUGUUUCCUUUACUCCCUGUUUAAGGUCCAUCAUUUGUAUGGACCGUUUUUGUGUGUGGUACCGCUGUCGACAAUGACCGCCUGGCAGCGAGAAUUUGAUCUCUGGGGACCCGAUAUGAAUGUGGUCACCUAUUUGGGUGAUGUCAAGUCACGCGAAAUGAUACGUCAGUACGAGUGGACAUUUGACGGUUCGAAAAGACUGAAAUUUAAUUGUAUUCUCACGACCUAUGAGAUUGUGCUGAAGGACAAACUGUUCCUGGGUACAUUGCAAUGGGCAGCAUUGCUGGUCGACGAGGCUCAUCGUUUGAAAAACGACGAUUCUCUGCUCUACAAAUCGCUCAAAGAGUUUGAAACCAAUCAUCGACUGCUGAUUACCGGCACCCCGCUACAAAAUUCCCUAAAAGAGCUUUGGGCCCUGCUACAUUUUAUUAUGCCCGAAAAAUUCACCACCUGGGAAGAUUUCGAAUUGGAACAUGGCAAUGCUGCGGACAAGGGCUAUACGAAACUGCAUCAACAGCUGGAGCCAUAUAUUUUACGGCGUGUCAAAAAAGAUGUGGAAAAGAGCCUGCCUGCCAAAGUCGAACAGAUUCUUCGCGUCGAAAUGACCUCGCUCCAGAAGCAAUAUUACAAAUGGAUCCUGACCAAGAAUUUCGAUGCUCUGCGUAAGGGUAAAAAAGGCUCCACAUCGACUUUUUUGAACAUCGUCAUCGAAUUGAAAAAGUGUUGUAAUCAUGCGGCCCUAAUCCGCCCUUCCGAAUUCGAACUAAUGGGUAUGGGUCAAGAUGAGGCUUUGCAAACGUUGCUAAAGGGUUCCGGUAAAUUGGUACUGCUCGAUAAGCUGCUCUGCCGCCUCAAGGAGACCGGUCAUAGGGUGCUGAUUUUUUCACAAAUGGUACGAAUGUUGGACAUCCUGGCCGAUUACCUGCAAAAGCGUCACUUCUCAUUUCAACGUUUGGACGGGAGUAUCAAGGGUGAGAUACGCCGCCAAGCCUUGGAUCAUUUCAAUGCCGAGGGGUCGCAGGAUUUUUGCUUUCUGCUCUCCACCAGGGCGGGAGGUUUGGGCAUCAAUUUGGCCACAGCCGAUACGGUAAUCAUUUUCGAUUCCGAUUGGAAUCCCCAAAACGAUCUGCAGGCCCAGGCGCGGGCCCAUCGUAUUGGCCAAAAGAAUCAGGUGAACAUUUAUCGGCUGGUCACCGCCCGUUCCGUCGAGGAACAAAUUGUCGAGAGGGCCAAACAGAAAAUGGUACUCGACCACUUGGUGAUACAACGGAUGGACACAACGGGUCGCACGGUGUUGGAUCGCGGCGGUUCGGGGGCCUCCAAUCACACACCUUUCAACAAGGACGAUUUGUCGGCCAUUUUGAAAUUUGGCGCCGAAGAAUUGUUCAAAGACGAACAGGACAACGAUGAGGAAUUGGUUUGUGAUAUCGAUGAGAUUUUACGGCGGGCCGAGACCCGCAACGAAGACCCCGAAAUGCCUGGGGAUGAUCUACUGUCCGCCUUCAAGGUGGCCAGUAUUGCAGCCUUUGAAGAAGAGCCGGACACUGCCACCAAGGACAAUGAUUCGAACAAUCAGGGUGGGGAUGAGGAUGAUACCAAGGACUGGGAUGACAUAAUACCCGAAGAUUUCCGGAAAAUUGUCGAAAACGAAGAACGGUCCAAGGAAAUGGAGGAUCUCUAUUUGCCACCAAGGCGUAAAACCGCAGCCAAUCAACAGGACAAGAAGGGGGGCAAGAAAGGUCAGGGGGAGGAUAGCAAUGAUUCGGAUUAUGAUGGGGGCUCCGAUGGCAGCAAUGAUGGCGGCGAGGGUGUUGCUGGCAAAUCAAAGAGACGCGGCCGCCCCGCCAUGAAGGAGAAAAUCAUUGGCUUCACCGAUGCGGAAAUUCGACGCUUCAUACGUUCGUACAAAAAAUUCCCCGCUCCCCUGGAGCGCCUCGAAGCCAUUGCCUGUGAUGCCGAGCUGCAGGAGAAACCCCUGGCCGAACUGAAACGCAUUGGCGAAAUGCUGCACGAUCGCUGUGUCCAGUUCCUGGAGGAACACAAAGAUGAUGCGGCGGCGGCGGUGAAAAAACCCCCUGCCACAGAUAGCACUGCCGCGACAGACGAUGCCGCCGCCGGAGCCAAACAGCGACGCAGUCGAGCCACCUACUCCGUUAAACUGGGCGGAGUGUCCUUCAAUGCCAAAACCCUACUCACCUGCGAAGAAGAACUGAAGCCAUUGAACAGUGUCAUACCCGCCACCAUAAACGAACGCCUCAGCUGGUCGCUGGACAUCAAGACCCGCCCAGCCAAUUUCGAUGUGGACUGGAGUGUUGAGGAAGAUUCCCGGCUGCUGUGUGGUAUCUACCAAUACGGCAUUGGUUCGUGGGAACAAAUGAAAAUGGAUCCCAGUCUACGGCUGACGGAGAAGAUACUGCACAACGACGAUCGGAAGCCCCAGGCCAAGCAUUUACAAUCGAGAGCGGAAUAUCUGCUUAAGAUAAUCAAAAAGAAUCUGGAGACUAAAAAUAAAAAAGCAAAGGGUGUGGGGGGUGGUGUGACGCGGAAGCGGAAACCACGCAAACAAAAGGAGGCCACCACCCCAAAUGCUGUGGGAACCGCUGCUGAAACUCCGGAAAGGAAAUCCAGACACCAAUCGGUGUCACGUGAUGAUGAACUUUCACAAACGGCAGCGGGUGGUGGUGACAGCAAUGCUGCAACCCCCCUCGAAAAGAAAUCUCGCAAGGAAAGAAAAGAAAGUACCCGAAAUUCCCACACCGCCGAUCAAUCCCUCGAUGAGACAACCUCACACAGUGUGGCCGAUGCCUCAAACACCUCGGAAAAACCCCGGAAAAAGAACAAAAACUCAACCAAAGACAAGGAUGGUGGGGCGGGGGCGGCCACCGGUGGUGCUGGUAGUACACCCAAAUCCUCGGGUAAAACGAAAAAAUCUGCCAAUUCGGAUUCCACGAAUAAACCCAUGCAUUUUACCGCCAACAAUGAACCCCGAGCUUUAGAAGUUUUAGGCGAUCUCGAUCCGAAUAUCUUCAACGAAUGUAAAGAGAAAAUGCGACCGGUUAAGAAAGCGCUCAAGGCUCUCGAUCGUCCCGAUGCUAGCCUCUCGAGUCAAGAUCAAAUCAAACACACGAAUGACUGCAUCCUAUCGAUUGGCAGGCAAAUUGAUGCCUGCCUUGAGGCAUACCACAAGGAUUCCGAAAAGAAGGAAUGGCGUUCGAAUUUAUGGUAUUUUGUUUCGAAAUUUACGGAAUUCGAUGCCAAAAAACUCUUUAAAAUGUACAAAAAUGCCCUUAAAAAUACCGAUGGUGAUACGUCAAAAUCUUCGGCGAAAUCCUCAUCUCAAUCGCCGCAGAAGCGAUCGAAAGACGAUUCUCUAACACAAAACGGCAAAGAUGAUAAAUCGCCAGUUAAAAAGAAGAAAAAGGAUAAGGACAAAGGAGAAAGAGGAGGCGGGGAUGAUAAAAACGCAACCGCCGCCGCAUCAACAACACCCAAAUCGGAACGUUUUAUGAAAGUGGGUAAUGCAAAUAAACCACCGCCACAUACACCAGGUGCUAGUGGUAGUGGCAUGCCUCCGCAUAUGAAUAAAAACAAAAGACCACCACCACACACUCCAGGUGGUGGCGGUGGUCACAAUAAUUCGCCCAUGAAACGUAAACGUGAUGAUAUAGAGGGGGGAGGUGGUGCUCCGGGAGGCCCUGCGAGUAUGGGUGGUGGUGACACCAAAUCGCUGUCAUUUAAAAGGCUCAAUAUGGAUGAUCAGGGAAGAAACCGCGACGAUCGCAAAAAUCGCCAUCGUGACGAUUACUAUGGCAGCGGCAAUAGUCAUGACGGUUUGAAUACCAGUCGCGGCAGUGUUGGCAGCAGUGGCGGCGGCAAUGAUCGUCGCACAUCAAUGAAUUCACCCUCCACACCGAAUAGUCGCAUGCAUCCCAACAAUUCGCGUUUACCACCCGGCAGUACAUCGUCACCAUAUUGUGAUGGUGGUGGUAGUGGCGAUCGUUGGGGUCACAAUCGAGAUCGAUAUAACAGUGGCAGUGGUGGCGGCGACUACAAUAAACGUGAUCGUUAUGACUCCUACAAUAAUCGUCCUGGCGGUGGUGGUGGAGGAGGAGGAGGUUAUCAUCAUCGAGAUCACAAAGAUCGAGAUAGAGAUCGAAGAUUUGACAAAAGAAGAUACCCACCUUCACAUCCGCCACCACAUGGCGGUUAUGGUAAUCAUCCUUAUCCUAAUUAUGGUUAUGGUAUGCCACCAAAUGGUGUUGGUGGACCACCACCACCGGGUAUGGGUGGUGGUUAUGGUGGUGGUGCUGGCCGCGCUCCUAAUAUUGGUGAUCCACGAUAUAAUCAUUCAGCCGGCGGAGGCGGCGGCGAAUGGUCAAGAGAAUAUCCACCAGAUGCAUAUAGAAGAAGCGGUGGUGGUCCGCCCGGUACCCCAGUUUCUUCAAGUGCUAGCAGUAGUGACCGAAGACCGCCGCCAUCAUCUCAAACAUAA